GGGGGCUUGUGGCCCAGGGGCAAGGACACAGAGGGUACCUGGAAGUGGCAGCUUGGAUGCCUUGUGAGCCCCAGCGUGCAGGCAGCUUUUGUGCCAAUAAAGACACCCACGCACACGGGAGGAGAGGGGAAUGGGCUUGGGGACAACCUGAGUCUGGGCCCCAGGUUCCCAGGUCACCAAUGACUCCUGAGAGGCACGGCCCCCAUGUGUGGGGGACACAUGGAAGGGGAGAAGCUAGACACCAAGGUAAGUUCUCAACAGAAAACCUGUGCAAAGGAGAAAUUCUAUAAAUGCCAGGAGUGUGGCAAGGCCUUCAGCCAUAGCUCGGCUCUCAUUGAACACCACCGAACACACACAGGAGAGAGACCUUACGAGUGUCCCGUGUGUGAAAAAGGCUUCCGAAACAGCUCAGCACUUACCAAACACCAGAGGAGCCACACUGGGGAGAAGCCCUACAGGUGUGCUCAGUGUGGAAGGACCUUCAACCAGAUUGCCCCCCUGGUCCAGCACCAGAGGACACACACAGACGAGAAGCCCUAUGCAUGCCACGAGUGCGGCAAAGCCUUCAGCUUCAGGUCAUCCUUCAGCCAGCAUGAGCGGACUCACACAGGCGAGAAGCCUUACACGUGCCAGGACUGCGGCAAGGGCUUCCGGCAGAGCACCCACCUCACCCAGCACCUGCGCACACACACUGGGGAGCGGCCCUACCACUGUGGGGACUGCGGCAAGGCCUUCAGCCACAGCUCAUCCCUCACCAAACACCAGCGCAUCCACACAGGUGAAAAGCCCUAUGCAUGCCGCGAGUGUGGCAGGGCCUUCACCCAGAUCACACCACUCAUCCAGCACCAGAGGACGCACACUGGUGAGAAGCCUUAUGAGUGCAGUGAGUGUGGCAAGGCCUUCAGCCAAAGCACACUACUGACUGAGCAUCGGAGGAUCCACACAGGAGAGAAGCCCUAUGGAUGCCAUGAAUGUGGAAAGACCUUCAGCCACAGCUCCUCACUGAGCCAGCACGAGCGCACACACACAGGUGAGAAACCCUACGAGUGCCAGGACUGCGGCAAGGCCUUCCGGCAGAGCACCCACCUCACCCAGCACCGGAGGACACACACUGGGGAGAAGCCAUACCAAUGCAGAGACUGCGACAAGGCCUUCAGCCACAGCUCUUCCCUCACCAAGCACCAGAGGACUCACACCGGGUCAGCCUACUCACCUGUGCUAGAGACAUGGGGACUUUACAGGCCAUAGUUCAUUGUUGCAGCCUUCUCUCCCACACACACAUCACACUUGUCAGACUGUCAGACACCCUCAGCAUCCACAUUGACAGAAAGGAUCUGAACAGCAGGCAAGUGUGCAAAUAAUCGACACGCAGGAGCUUCAACCUUGAACACCCAUUAAUGUUACAUCAUAGAACCUGGAAAUGGGAAAUAACAGAUGCAGCGAGUCUGGUGAUGGCUUCUGUCCAGUCUUCACCGUAUUCUACAGAGCUGCUCAAAGCGGUAAGAAUACACCAUAUGCUUCUCACAUUAAAAAAAUGAUGUGAGAAUGUGCUGGUAGGGCACACUGUCUGCUCCAGGGUGGGAGGUAUUUAUAAAUGGUUCGAGUUGACUAACAUUCCUAAAAAACAACAUGGCAGUGUUCCAGAAAUGAGCGUGGCAUCUACAUAAACUCACCAUGGAUGCAUGACUGUCUCAGCACAAAGCUGGUUUGUGUGUGAACUGUACCAUGAGGAUAUGUGGCAGCCAGUCCCAGAGACCUAAACUUCAUAUGACACAGUACCAGCAUGCUAUAUUUAGAAUGUAAAUUUGUUAUCUCCUGAUCAUUUUGCAGUAAGUUGGUUUCUAUGUACAGUGGGGUUGAAAAGCUUCUAUGGGAAGUCUAGAAACAUAAACCGACUUCCAAGGAGUCUCGGA